CAAUAUACAAUACUUCAUAUAUUCAUUCCAUAUAUAUUUCAAGCACCGUCAUGGCGGUCCAUAACGUCGACGGUUCGUCCAAAAUAUCGCGUAACGACAACAAACCUAGACAUGUUUCAGAUUCGACGCAGACUGAGGAUGAGCCCGUCAAAGCCCCCUCCGGAGUCAGAAGACCGCCACAUCCCAUGAAGACAGCUGGUCUCUUCUCCAAACUAUUUUUCAUUUGGAUGUUUGACUUCUUCCGUCGGGGCUACAAGAGACCUCUUGUUGAAACAGACUUGUAUGACGUUCUGCCUGACGACUCCGCUGGAGUCGUGGUUGGUAAACUCGAGAGGGAGUGGAAUAAAGAAAUUAAGAAAAGCGAAGCCACAGGAAGGCCUCCGUCUCUUCGAUGGGCGUUGGUUAGAGCUUUUGGCUGGCAUUACAUGAUACACGGCUUGCCUGCAUUCAUUGAGGAGGUCGUCUUGAAGAUGGCCCAGCCAGUGAUGCUGAGUCGUCUGGUUCUGUACUUCUCCACGGACCUCGUGUCGACCACGGAAGCAUACUUGCAAGCAUUGGGCAUGUCCUUGUCUUCCCUUCUCGUACUCAUUACCCACCAUGCCUGCUUCUUCGGUUUUGCUAUCACGGGAAUGAGGCUUAGGACGGCCUGCUCGGGUAUCAUCUUUAGAAAGGCCUUGAGACUCAGCAACCUAGCUUUAGGAGAAACGACAAUCGGUCAACUGGUCAACAUCUUAUCCAAUGACGUCAACAGAUUCGAUUUGGCCGUUAGGUUCCUCCACUACUUCUGGAUAGCUCCUCUUCAGCUUAUUAUUGUCGUAGCUCUAGCUUGGAGGGUAAUAGGAGUGUCUUGCCUCGCUGGGAUCUCCAUUUUGAUCUUCAUGGCACCCCUGCAAGGAUACAUGGGGAAACUAUCUUGCAAACUGAGAUCCAAAACGGCCUUGUUGUCGGAUGCAAGGAUCCGCGUCAUGAAUGAAGUGAUAUCUGGCAUGCGCGUCAUCAAGAUAUACGCGUGGGAACACUCGUUUGGAAAACUUGUCGCCGAAAGCCGAGCAAAGGAGGUACGGAAGAUAUUACAAAGUGCAUAUUUGCGCGCGCUGAUAGAAGCCCUACUGUUCGACGGCCCUCUGUUGACGACAUUCAUCUCAUUUAUCGUCUACGCCUCUCUGGGAAAUCCUGUCACGCCCUCUAAGGUCUUCCCCGUCCUCGCACUGUUCUUCAGCGCCAGGAUUUGCCUGUCCAUCUUUUUCCCACUCUCGGUCAUGCACGGGUCGGAGGGACUUGUCUCCAUCCAAAGGAUUCAGAAUUUUUUGCUGAUGGAGGAGCUUCAGAGACACGCAAACGAGCCUCACAAGAACGUCAUUGAUGAUGCGUUCCUUGAAGAACCCACGAUUAUAUUGGACGAGAUCAAAACACAUGGUAUCCCUCAGAAUGAUGAGUCGCACAUCUCUGAGCAUCCAAACAGUGCUCAAGCAAAAAACACCAAUUGUCUGAUUGAGUCUGUGGACAAUGGUGAGUUGGGAGGCUACCUAGGACCUGCCGCAAACGAGGAAGAAGAGGAACCGUACGAGCCUAAUCUUCAUGCGAACGACCCUGAUACUGAGACAGAAGAUGGGGCCCGGAUUGUCGUGGAGAACAUGUACGGAUCUUGGAACAAGGACACCAGCAACACUAUGCUCCAAGACGUCAGUUUUUGCAUACAGGCAGGUGAGCUGCUUGCAGUCAUUGGGCCUGUUGGGUGUGGCAAGUCUUCGCUUCUGAUGUCCCUUCUGGGAGAGAUGCCUACUGUAUCAGGAGUUAACGUCUUGAAUGGUCGGGUUGGCUACACGGCUCAACAGCCCUGGAUCCUUUCUGGCUCGCUAAGGGACAACAUCCUCUUCGGCAGCGAAUACCAGCAGACCAAAUACCAGCGAAUCAUCAAACAGUGUGCGCUAACCAGAGAUAUCGAACUGCUUCCUGAUGACGACCUGACGCUGGUUGGUGAGCGUGGUGUGACCCUUAGUGGAGGUCAAAGGGCAAGGGUUAGCCUGGCCAGGGCCUUGUACAGUGAUGUCGAUGUGUAUCUACUAGAUGAUCCUCUGAGUGCAGUAGAUCCAGCAGUUGGUAGACACCUCUUUGAAAUGUGCAUUCUCCAUGAAAUGAGGGACAAAGCUGUGAUCCUUGUCACCCAUCAGCUUCAAUUCAUUGACAAGGCUGACAAGAUUCUCAUCCUUAAGGAGGGCAAGGUGGCUGGAUACGGAACCUACCAAGAGCUGCAGGAAGACGGCAUGGACUUCGCUGCCCUCUUGAAGAAGAAGUCUGAAGAUGGUGAUUACGAUGGAGCGAAUGAGCAGGAUGUAAAUCCUGAACGACUUGACGACACGUUGUCCAUCUGUUCAGAUGUCUCGUUUUACCCAGACAGACAUGGGGUUGAGACACCUGUUGAUAUCGCCCCGGAGGAGAUGGCGGCCGGCACUGUGGAUUGGAUGGUGUACAUCCGGUUCUUCAGAGCUGCUGCAGGUGUCAUCUUUCUGCUCGUCUGGGUCAUUGUCGUAGUCGGUGCACAGGCAUUGCUUUCUUACGCGGAUGUCUGGCUAGCGAUGUGGGCAAACGAAGAAGAGAAGGAUCUAGUGGACAGGAAUAUUACAAGUCAGUAUAAUCAGGACGGUAUGGAGUACGAGAACCGGUCAUACUACAUCAGGAUAUACGCCAUCUUGUGUGGAGCUACCACCGCCACCUUGUUUCUUCGCGCCUUCCUGUUUUUCCAUGUGUUUGUAACAGCCUCAAAGACCCUUCACAAACAGAUGUUUGGCUCAAUCAUCAGAGCGCCCAUGCAGUUUUUUGAUACAAAUCCUGUGGGUCGGAUUCUGAAUCGCUUUGCUAAAGAUAUUGGCUACAUGGAUGACGUUUUGCCAUCUACAUUCACUGAUUUUCUUCAGAUCACUUUGAGUACCAUUGCUAUUGUCAUCCUGAUCUCCAUCUUCAAUCCUUUUUGCCUCGCUUUCACAUUGCCGAUUGGCAUCGUCUUUCACUUCACGAGGAGGUACUACCUAGCCUCCUCUCGCGACGUUAAAAGAUUAGAAGGAAUAGCUCGCAGUCCGGUAUUCUCCCACCUGUCAGCCACCCUGACUGGUCUGAGUACCGUCCGCGCCUUCAAGGCUCAGCAGCGAUUCACUGCGGACUUUGACGGGUACCUGGACGGCCACACUAGGGCCUGGUUCCUCUUCCUGUCCACGACUAACUGGUUCGGUGUACAGCUGGAUUUCUUCAAUGUGUUAUUUAUUUCCGGAGUCAGUUUGACCUGUAUCCUGGCCGCAGAUCUUCUUGAUCUGAGCUCUGGCAUUGUCGGUCUCUCCUUGACGUAUGCGAUGGGUCUCAUGGGGGAGUUCCAGUGGGCGGUGCGACAGAGUGCAGAGUUAGAAAACCAGAUGACGUCAGUGGAACGUGUUUGCCAGUAUAUCGAUAUCAAACCGGAGGCACCAUUGCAAACCGAUCACAAGCCACCUCCAGACUGGCCACAAGAUGGCGCCAUUACGCUCCAAGAUGUCUCUCUGAGAUACAGUGAUAACGGGCCACUGGUACUACACGAAAUUACCUGCGCCAUCAGGCCAAAUGAAAAGGUGGGCAUCGUAGGCCGGACAGGAGCCGGCAAGAGUUCCCUGAUGACAGUGUUGAUGAGACUGGCUGAGCCCACAGGUACCGUAAUGAUAGACGGUAUCAACACAGGCCUGAUAGGACUGCAUGACCUCCGCAAGAAAGUCUCAUUCAUCCCACAGGACCCAGUUUUAUUCAGCGGAACACUUCGCAAGAACCUGGAUCCUUUCAGUGAACACUCGGAUUCUGAUAUAUGGAGGGCUGUUGAAGAGGUUGAGUUGAAACCAGCGAUUGAGGAGCUACCGGACAAGUUGGAGGCAGUCUUGACCGAGGGAGGCACUAAUUUCAGUGUGGGUCAGAGACAGCUACUGUGCCUGGCUAGGGCUAUCCUACGCAAGAACAAGAUCCUCAUAGUGGACGAAGCCACAGCCAACGUGGACAUCAGAACUGACCGCUUGAUUCAGGCAACCAUCAGACGGCGGUUCAAACACUGCACAGUUCUGACAAUAGCUCAUCGUCUCAACACAAUCAUGGACUCGGACAAAGUUAUGGUGCUUGACGCAGGGCAGCUCAUCGAGUUUGACGAGCCUUACGUUCUGCUUCAGAAGGAAGACAGUAUCUUCAGCAAGAUGGUGCAAGAGACCGGCAAGGCAGAGGCAGUCAAACUCCUGCAGAUCGCCAGAAAGACAUCAUCGACCCUGAAGACGUUGACAAACCCGUCUACUUCUAAACCUUAAUCAAGGUGUAUCUUUUCGGCUGAGACGGGAGACAAAUUUCCAAAGUAUUAUAUUCAGAACAAAACGGAUUUAACUGGAACCAUGUAGUGCAUUUUAAUUAAUUAAAUAAUUCAUUAAUAAUUAUGAAACCUUAAGAAAACUUAUAUAGCGCCGGUAUCAGCCAAUUUAACGAUCAUGGCGCAUUCUACAUCAAUAAACAAUAACUGUACGAUUUGCACAACCAAAAUAAGUGAAACUCCAACUGAAAAACCAAAGGUGAACAUAUUUGAUUGGUGAGAAGAUUUAAAUGCUACAAUGAGGAAGUUUGUCGUGGUUGAACUGGUUGCUUGUUCCGGAGUUCGGGGUGGCGUGAGAGAAUGAACGAUCCACCAAUAAGUGAUAGGUCCAGGGAACAGUCAACUGUGUUGUUUUAGCUCAACGAAAGCUACGUGAUGGUCUGUAUUGUUGGCUGAAAUCUGACAUGUAAACUGGUGCGGGUCCAUGGAUGGUUUGAAGACAAGGAGGAGAAUCUUGAAAGCGACGGGAAAAUUAAUAGGUAGCCAGAGGAGUGAUUUCAAUGCAGGUGCUAUAAUUAACUAUGCAUAAACACGUGAGGCAGUUUACCAUUCCAAUAGGCCUUUAUUAGGGUAUGUCAUCUCAAAAAUCAAAGCAAGGCAUAUAACACUAUCAAUCAAUCAUUCAUUCAUUCAUUCAUUCAUUCAUUCAUUCAUUCAUUCAUUCAUUCAUUCAUUCAUUCAUUCAUUCAUUCAUUCAUUCAUUCAUUCAUUAAGUUACAAUUACAUCACAUACACAUACAUAAACAACAUACACAUUACUACAAGGGAUAUCAACAUUAAGAUUAAACCCGUUAUACAAAAUGAAUUGAUAAGUAGUUAUUCAGAAAGUGAGCUCUAUAUUUGUAUCCAAUAAAUGAUUGACUGUAAACAUUUUUUAAAGAAGUAUCCAGUGAAUUCCACAGUUUGGGACACUAAUGUUAAGGUUGGCGUAGUGGUACUUUCCUCGCCUUCCACCGCUGUGACCCGGGUUCGAAUCCCGCCUAGCUGGGCCAAUAUGUGGAUUGGGUUUUCAGUCCCUACCUGAUUCCGUGGGUUUUCCUCAGAA